CAAGCCACCUCCUGCCCCCCAGCCGGACCCGCGUGUGCGUGCCCUCCCCCUCUCCUCCUCCUCCUCCUCCUCCUCCUCGUGCUCCUCCCAUGGAGGCCACCCCGAUCUCCGUCAAGCCUCCCUCGCCGGCGCCGCCCCCGCCCCCGCACCCGCACCUCACGGCGGCGGUGCCCCUGUCGGUCAUGGAGCCGCCGCCCUCGCCGCCGCCGGCGGUGGCGGCGGCGGAGGGGCCCCCCGAGGCGCACGCGGAUCCAGGCAGCAUGAACCAGCUCGCGCUCGCCACCACGCCCAAGAGGCAGAAGGUGGAGGACGCCGCGGACGGGUGCAAGCAUUGCGCCUGCAAAAAGUCCAGAUGCUUGAAACUAUAUUGCCCAUGUUUUGCUGGUGGAGGUUAUUGUUCUGAAAAAUGUGGAUGCGUGCCAUGUUUCAACAAGGCUGAUUUUGCAGAGACAGUUCAGACCACUCGCAAGGUGCUACUUUCACGUCAGAAACGGAUGUCUCUGAAAAUUAAUAGAAGACUCGAGGCUAAUGCUGAAACUAUGGAAGACGCACACAAUUCAUCUUCUUCAACUCCACCAAGGAGAGGUUGCAAUUGCAAGAAAUCAAGUUGCUUGAAGAAAUACUGUGAUUGCUACCAGGAUGGGACUGGAUGCUCCUUAUUUUGUCGAUGUGAGGAUUGCAAGAAUCCUUUUGGGAAAAAUGAAGGUAUAAUGGCAGACGAAAGCAAGCGUUUUCUAUACACCGGCGCAGAUCUGGACCACAGCGAGGACGAACACGACUUCAUCGUGGAGCGCUCGCCUCGCCUGCAAUCGCCCAUCUCAAAGGAGUCCUCUUUCCAGCACACCCCGCCCCGCAGCAAGGCUUCGAGCAGAGACACGCACCUGCUGCCACAGGUGCUGUCGCAGUGGCAGCCGCGCUCAUGGCAGCAGCAGUCCUCGAAGCGGCAAGCCAACGACCAUCAUCGGGCGGUUGACGACUCGGGGGAGAACAGGGGCUCGAACCAUGAGUGGCAGCUGGCCAAGCACCAGGCCCCGGAGGACGCCUACAGCAUCUCUCGGUGCGUGCAGAUCCUGAACGGCAUGGUGGAGAUGUCGCAGGUGGAGAAGUCGGUGGCCCCCGACGUGUUCCUGCAGCCGGGCAACCGGGAGAUAUUCGUGUCCCUGGGCGUCGACGUGCGCGCCCUGUGGCUCAAGCGCAAGAUCCAGCACCUGACCUAGGGCAGUGUUCUUUUUUUUCCUCUGGUCUUGUUGGCCUGCGGGAUGAGAUUUGAGGGGAGCAUUGGAUGUUGCGUUUAUAGAAGAUGGUGAUGAUGGAUGGAUGUCCUGCUGGCCGGUUGAAAUUGACAGGAUGUUAGGUUUUUUUUUCCAUGUAUACUGAGAUGUAUCCCGGAUCUGCACCGCCUGUCGUUGUAGAGAGCUUAGCGGCUGAGUACCUACCUGGUAACAUGUUACAAUAAUUGAUUGGUUAUGCGCCUGCUGCUA